AUGGAGAUGCUUUUUAAGCUGCAAGACGAGCAGGAAAUGCGGAAUCGACGGAAGUUCUUACUGCUGCAUGGUGUGAACGAGAACAAGGAAGAGAGCCCUAGCACAGUUGCUAAUAUGAUAGCUGUACUACUAAAAUUGCCUGAGGUAACCGAAACUAGUUUGAGUCGCUGCACCAGGAUGGGUUUUAGAAAAAGCAACACUCUUCGUCCUUUACUAAUCAAGUUUCAUGAUGUUGAAGUCAAAAAUAAAAUCUGGAUGGCUAAGACUAAUCUCAAAGGCACGGGCAUAACUUUAUCUGAGUUCCUUACUAAGACACGCCACAAACUAUUCAUGGCUGCCAGGGAAAAAUUCGGCGUUUCUAACUGCUGGACUCGAGGUGGCUCCAUAUUCGCUAUUGGGGAAGACAAAGAACGUCGCUGUAUCACUUCCUUGACAGAUAUUGAUGACAUUCCUAAAAGUACCCCUCCCGUGCAAGUGAAGUCUGAUCAUUCCACCUCCCGUCAUGCGAAAUUACAUACAAAAAAGGCCCCGUCUAAGACAUAA